AUGCAUCAUUUUCAAUAUGGGAAAAAGCCUUCGUAUAAGAAAUACCCAAGAUUUGAUCGAGAGAAAGACAGAUUUAUGCUGGAUGCUGAUAGAAAAACUCCGCCAAGUAGGGAUAUCAAAGCUAAACCCAUAGUACGGAAAAACGAGGAACGGGAUAAAACAACCACGGUAUCAAACAUUGGGCCAAUACCUAUUCUCCUGGUUACAUACAUGCGUAGCGGUUCAUCUUUCGUUGGUGAUCUGUUAAAAGCUAAUCCAAAGACAUUCUACUCGUUUGAACCCCUCCAUAAGUUACAGGUCGACGUGAGAAACCAGAGACCUAUCUACUACCUGGAUGGGACCUUAAGAAAUCCGAGGAAUUUUAUGGAAAUAUCUGCUGACACCAUUGGAGACUUGUCUACAUGUACAAUGGAAAAUCUACCGUUGUCUUUUUACCAGGAUGGCUUCUUUCACACCUGUACGGAUUCCUCAAAGUUCCAAUUGUGCAUGAACAAGACAAAACUAGAAGCCAAUCUAGAGAAAGGACGAAGUUGUAUACGUAUUAUUACAAAAGCAUGUCGGGAUUCAGAAUAUAUCGUUGCAAAAAUAAUACGCAUACCUCUUCAUGCUUUGGAGUCUCUUCUGAAGAAUAUUCCAACAUUAAAAAUCAUCCAUUUACUUCGUGAUCCAAGAUCAACUCUGAUCUCGCAAUUUAAAGCGGGUCGAUAUACAAGGGAUAACAUGCAGCGAUCAGUUGUGAGAUUUUGCAAUCGUGUGUAUGAUGACAUUAAUACCCGGGAGGUGCUAAAUAGAAAAUAUCCUGGUAGAAUAAUGGUUACUGAAUAUGAAGACAUAGUGAGAGAACCUUUGACAUAUACCAAACAAAUGUACAAGUUUUCUGGUAUGAAGUUCACAAAAAGGGUUGAAAAAGAAAUUACUCGACUGACAUCUAAGACCAAAACAAGAGUCAAUUCCACGGUAAUAUCCUCAAAAUGGCGGAUAAAUCCUUUAGAAUAUAUUAUCAAAUCAGCGAAUGACAAUUGUCAGCAGCUGUAUACAAAAUAUGGUUUGAAGUCUUUGAAUGUGAAGGAUUUACAAAAUGUUUCAAUAUCUUUGAAGGUGAAAUCGGCUCCAGUGUUUGAUGAUUUUAGAAAUGAAUAAGUAAUAAGUAAAAAUUGAUGAGAUUAUUGAGAAACAAAUAGUAUUCUCUUUUGAUGGUAUAAACAAUUUUUCGCAACAUUCGUGCGUUUAGCUAUAGAGAUAUUAACAGCGAAAUGUACGAUUAUUAGUGUGGCUAACUUAACUCUUGUUACAUGUUCAAUUACCAGAUUCCCCUCCCUUUUUCAAGAGAUCAUAUAGGGCUUACGAGGGAUAAUACAAUGUAAAUGUAAUAGUUUUGAAACAUCUCUCCUUCUAUGUAGUCUUGACGUUAGGAUCUCCAUAUAGCUCAGCUCUUUCAAUAUUCCUUCCACAUUCCUAUGUUUUGACCAGAUAUGUUAUCCAAGCGGAAGGCAAUCUCUGUUUCAAUUCCAAAAAAAAAGUAUAAAUAGGAUUUGAACUAAACACAGUCAUCUUCCUGAUGUAAAACACAAAGAAUGUACAUUUGUAUGUUAAUGCUUAUGAAGGAAAAUCAAUGUUUAUGAUGACACUUAAUUAUAAUGUACUACAGGCUCCAUCUUGUAUCUUGUUUCAUAAAUAUUUCUAUAACAGCAGAUACAGUUUGUCAUAAAGGUGCCAUACCCAGAGUACUGUCAAGGGGGCCUGGUCAAGGUCUACGUCACAGAGUCGGGGCCGAAAUUCAGGGUCAUUGACGGGUCAGUUGGCUCAGAAUCGCUAUAACCAGCCGUGGCAGCACCUUGGCUAAUUUUAAUCGACAACCACCACUAGCCCCACCAUACAACCAACAUGAAAGAAAAUGUACAUUAUGUACAUUAUGUUCUUUAGGGCUUUAAUUGUUUAAUCAAGUUCUAGGGAUGCGUUUCAA